AUGUAUGAGGACUGCAAAGAGUCCACUGGGGACUAUAACUUCCUCUGUGACACCACGGGAGCAUGGGGCAUAGUUCUGGAGUCCCUGGCAGCAGUUGGCAUAGCAGUUACAGUUUUGCUGCUCCUGGCAUUUCUCUUCCUCAUGAGAAGGGUUCAAGACCGCAGCCAGUGGAAUGUCCUCCCCACCCAGUUCCUCCUCCUCCUGGGUGGGCUGGGGCUCUUCAGCUUUGCUUUUGCCUUCAUCAUCCAGCUCAAUCAGCAGACUGACCCUAUCCGCUACUUUCUCUUUGGGGUCCUCUUUGCUCUCUGUUUUUCGUGCCUCUUGGCUCAUGCCUCCAACCUGGUGAAGCUGGUCCAGGGUCAAGUGUCCUCCUCUUGGAUGACAAUUCUGUGCAUUGCUAUCAGUGUCAGCCUGUUGCAGACGAUCAUCGCCACUGAGUAUGUGACUCUCAUCAUGACCAGAGGUACGAUGUUUAUGGAUAUGACACCCUGUCAACUCAACGUGGACUUCGUGGUCCUCCUGGUUUACGUCCUCUUCCUGAUGGCCCUCACGUUCUUCGUCUCCAAAGCCACCUUCUGUGGGCCGUGUGAGAACUGGAAGCAGCACGGAAGGCUCAUCUUGGUCACCGUGCUCAUCUCCAUCAUUACCUGGGUGGUGUGGAUCUCCAUGCUCACGACAGGCAACCAAUGGGACGACCCUGUCCUCUACAUCGCCCUGGUCACUAACGCGUGGGGUUUCCUGCUGCUGUACAUCAUACCGGAGCUGUGCUUUCUCUAUAGAUCGUGUCAGCAGGAUUGCCCUCUGCAAGGCAAUGCCUGCCCACUCCCAGCUUAUGAACGCAGCUUCAGAGCGGAGAAUCAGCAACUCUCAAGAGGUACUUUCCUGGGGAGCUUGGGGAGGCUCUCCCGUAAGAGAAGCAGGAGAAGAAACAGGGCAAGAGGAUGA